AUGACAGUCACUUAUUCCAGCAAAGUAGCAAAUGCCACUUUCUUUGGAUUUCACAGAUUACUCCUAAAGUGGAAAGGCAGUAUCUACAAAUUGCUGUACAGAGAAUUUAUUGUUUUUGCUACUCUUUACACAGCGAUAAGUGUAUUAUACAGAUUUUUUCUUACAGGUAGCCAAAAACGAUUCUUUGAAAAAUUAUCAAUUUACUGUGACAAAUAUGCUGAACAAAUCCCGGUAACUUUUGUGCUUGGUUUCUACGUUACUUUGGUGGUGAAUCGCUGGUGGAACCAGUUUGUGAACUUGCCGUGGCCAGAUCGUCUGAUGUUCCUCAUCUCCAGCUGUGUGCAGGGCAGAGAUGAAUAUGGGCGCUUGUUAAGGAGGACUCUCAUGCGUUAUGUGAAUUUAACAUCCCUGCUGAUCUUUCGCUCUGUGAGCACAGCCGUGUACAAAAGAUUCCCCACCAUGGACCAUGUGGUAGGAGCAGGUUUUAUGACAAGAUAUGAAAGAAAAAUUUUUGAUGACCUUAAAUCUCCACACCUGAAAUACUGGGUCCCAUUUGUCUGGUUUGGGAAUUUGGCAUCAAAGGCACGAAAAGAGGGAAGAAUCCGAGACAGCGUAGAUCUGCAGACACUGAUGAACGAGAUGAAUAAGUACCGGUCUUGGUGCAGUCUUUUGUUUGGUUAUGACUGGGUUGGAAUUCCACUGGUCUAUACCCAGGUUGUUACUCUUGCAGUCUAUACUUUUUUCUUUGCCUGCCUGAUAGGGCGCCAAUUUUUGGAUACUGAUCAAGGGUAUCAGGGACAUGACUUGGAUCUUUAUGUUCCAAUCUUCACACUGUUACAGUUCUUCUUCUACGCAGGAUGGCUCAAGGUCGCUGAACAACUUAUUAAUCCAUUUGGAGAAGAUGAUGAUGAUUUUGAAACUAACUGGUGUAUUGAUAGAAAUUUACAGGUCUCACUUCUAGCAGUGGACGAGAUGCACAUGAAUCUACCAAGGAUGGAGAAAGAUAUUUACUGGAAUGAUUCCUCUGCCCGGCCACCGUACACAAAAGCAGCGGCUGAUUACUGCAUUCCUUCAUUUCUUGGGUCGACUAUUGAAAUGGGGCUGGCUGAUACUGAAUUUCUCUAUGGGGAAGAGUGGCCCUGGGAAGAGGAGAAACACCGAAGGCAACAUUCAGUGCUGAGAAGAGUCAAGAGAUUUCUUAGCGUCCAUGAGGGUCCUUCUUCCCCAGCUCACCAGCGCUACAGUCGGCAGACAAGUGAGAACUCGGUGUUCUUCCCAGCAGAUGAGAAAGGGCACAUCAGACGGCUGCAGGAAAUGCACACGAGAGGGAGGCACUCUACCUCAAGCUUCAAGAAGAAACAUGAUGGAAUUGACAGAAGCAACAGAGUUCACAGUAGCCGAGAUCUAGGACCCAUAAAUGAAACCUCAAGGAGUGAGGCACCGUUCGGAGACAGUGACACCUCCUCCGAGACAAACAAGCCAGUUCCUGAGGUUGUCAUCUCUGAAGCUGAGGAGAAGGCAACUGAUGUGCUGGGCAAACCAGAUCUGCCGACAGAGCGCACCGCAAGCUUGCCAGAAGAGACGCUCCAAAGGAGCCUAGCUGAGGCAAAUAGGACUCUUCUGGACUAUCCGUUUUUCCCCCCAGAAAUUACAACGUACCUCCCAGGCUCUGAGGUGCAUCAGUCACUUCCUACUGUGAUAGGGGAGCCCAAGCAUGAACCCCAUAGCAGCAACAUAGCUGGUUUCAUGACAGAUGAUGAGAGAAACCUUCAGCGAUGGAGUUUACCGAGCUUCCAUAGUCACAGUGCAGUGUCAAAUGCUGACACUACACCACCUUUAACAGAUUCUGGGACAGCUUUACAACAAAGGACCUUCAGUGAUGGAAAAAAUGUUACUGCUGCUGCUCCAGAGACAUUUGAGAUGCAGCACUUGUGGGAAAACCUGGAGAGUAAAGAAACAGCCAUCGUAGAAUUUUCUAAUGAAAAAAAUGAAAGAAAACUUUGACCAUGCUUCCCCUGCGUUUGACUGAA